AUGUCAGGCGACGACGCGGAAUUGAUCAAGUCGCUCAAUCAUCUCGACGUGAAGGACGUCCAGGACACCGACGCUUCGCGUACUCAUGAAGACGUUGAUCGUCGAGUGCUGUCUUCUUCUUUUACCCCCGGCUCGGAAGCGGCGGAUUCUGCGGGCGCGGAUAGGCUGACGGAGGUCACUCAAGACGUUGUAUCAUCUCCCUCCGAGCGAUCCCCCGAUCCUCUUCCCUCGUCCAUACAUCCCGAUUUCUCCAUCCAGACGAACGACGACUUUCUGCUAGUCACCGACGACGACGUUGGCUUCUAUGUCAACAGAGCCUUCCUCCUAGAGCACUCUGAUUUCUUCCGCGACUUUGAAGAGAUGGAAUCAGAUAUCAGACAAGACGACGAUGCUGGGAAAGGUCGUACCCAAGCCGUGCGCAGGGAUAUGCCGGGGGCGCUGUCAAACGGCUUGCGGGUGAUGUUGCUCAAGGUCAAAGAGACCAAAUCCUCGCUUGACCUCUACGACUAUAAGCGAAAAGUAUUCCGCUCCCAGGAACUUUGGGAGUACGAGUACGAUCUUGAGGACCUGGCGCUUGCUUUCAGAAUCGCCAACCAGUACGGCUUCACCAGAUUCUCAGCCCAGGCUCGCUUGAGCAUCCCCAAAACGUCUAUUUGGUUCCAAUACCUCUAUGCCGCGUUUGAGGCCGACGAAACAGUUGCUAAAGCCUUCGCAAGAUCAACUCUUCUUUCGGACCUUACGGAGUUGUGUCCACGGCCCUUACUUCCCGUCCUCGACAAGCACCACGCCCCAUAUGCCGCGCUUUUGAGAAAUAUACACCGGCGAAACCCAUUCUCCUUCUACAAAAAAACCUAUUCCCUCUUGUCGUGCUCUACAGCCAACUAUGACUUUCUGAAAAAGUCACAAGCCGAUUUCAAGGAUAAGAGAUUAGUGGAGUGCGGUGGGGAGGAGUGUAGUUGCAAGAAAUCUGGAUUCUGGUGGGCGACCGCCAGUAAGUCGGGUGGGAAGGCUCUCCGAAGCAAUCUCGCUUCUUGGCCGGGCCGCGAUGACGAUACCCUGUGGUCCGAAAUCGACAUGUCAAUCCGGCGCUCUGUUGAUUGUCUAGACUGCAGGGAUUCCCUUCUACAAUUUUUUAAACCCCUGUGGGACGAUUUAGCCGCUCUUUGGCAGUGA